AAACAAAAUGGAUCACAAUAUGCAUCAUAACAAUGCUGCUCUACAUUGGAGCUAUGGCGCCGCCGCAGUGCCAACUACGCCGCAAAAUCACUGGGUACCACCCCCACAAACACAAAGUUUAAAACGUGCCAUGUCCGAAAGUGAUUGUGAAGAAUUAUAUUCCGAGGAAUCCUCCAAAGAACAAAUUUCUCCCAGUGGAACCAACAGUUGCCAGCUAAUGAGUCGCAAAAAACGCCGAGGUGUUAUUGAAAAGAAACGCCGUGAUCGUAUCAAUUCAUCAUUGACCGAAUUGAAACGUUUAGUGCCUUCGGCCUAUGAAAAGCAAGGUUCGGCUAAAUUGGAAAAGGCCGAAAUCUUGCAGUUGACUGUGGAACAUUUGAAAAGCAUGCAAAGCAAAGGUAUGGAUUCAUUGGGUUAUGAUCCGCAAAGAUUUGCUAUGGAAUAUCACAUUAUUGGUUUUCGUGAAUGUGCCGCCGAAGUGGCUAGAUAUUUGGUGACCAUUGAAGGCAUGGAUAUACAAGAUCCUUUGCGUUUGAGAUUAAUGUCUCAUCUACAGUAUUUCGUGCAACAACGGGAAAUGUCUAAAGGCUGUCCAGUAAGUCCCAGUGCAUCGUGGGUUGGUCAUCCUGCUGCUUCAGCUUCAUCAGCGGCGGCAGCAGCUGCUGCUUACCAACCGAAUUGUGGUGUAACACCAUAUCAAACAUAUCCUUCAACCACUACAACACAUGCUUCAGUCAGUUCUUCAUAUGUGCCCAAUUUACCUGCAGCAUUACAUCAAUAUCCCACUUUAAGUUCUUCGCCCAACAGCAGCAACAUGCAUCCUCAACAACAACAACAGCAGCAGCAUGUUAUGCCUCAACAACAGCAGCAACAACAACAUACAGUAAGAUCAACUUCGGUUGGUUCGGCUCAAGACACUCUGCCUUUAAUGAAUCAUGCCACAGCCCAACAAGUUACAACACAACAGCAGCAGCAACAACCUCAAACACAAAGCCAGCAACAAGUUACACAUCCUCAACGCACACCCACUUCCCAUGAAGCUCAUCAACAACCACAACAACAACAACAACAGCAGCAACAACAACAAACUCAAUUGAGUAAUAAUCAAGCGACACAUCACACCUACACCCAAAAUCAUACCCAAGACCAUACACAACAUCAGGGCGCCUCAACUUACAUUGAACUGACCAGUGCUCAAACUCAUAAUAGUCACCGACAAACUACACCAACAGUUCCUAGCAGUAGUUUGGGUUAUACCACCAUGCCUCCCCAGUAUCCGGUUAGUGUAGGUCAGGAAUACAAUCAUCAAACGGGAGUUUAUGUCACAGCUAAUGGCUCAAAACCCUAUCGUCCUUGGGGUGCUGAAAUGGCCUAUUAACAAUGAAAUUACCCUACACCAAGGAAUAAAAUGUGGGAACUACAAAUACAUACAUGUUUGAAAAUAUCCGGAACUAGCUUUAGAUUCUAAACAAAGAGUCUUUGGUUAUAAACAAACAAUUUAAUCAAAGAUCUAGCUGCUCAAAAGCCUUAAGCCAGUACCACAAAGUAUACAGAGAUGUCAAAUUUGACGUUUCAAAAAUUCAAAAUCAUAUGAUAGGGCAGUUAUCUUAAAAAGGGAUAGCAAAUAUUUUGUACUACAAUAUCAGUGAUGUG